AUGGAAAAUCAAGAUACUCCUCAAAUUAUUACGCAUAUAGAACAUAAUCUAAACCACUGUCUCUUUGAUUGUAAAUGGGUUCCAUGUUCCGCAAAAUUUAUUGUCAUUGGUUCCUUGCCCAAAGGAAACGGUACAUUAGAAAUUUUCGAAAUUACUUCUGGUGAACUUAAAAAGGUAAAAGAAAUCGAAAGACCUAAUUCUUUUAAGUGCGGUACCUUUGGAGCAAGCAGUGAUGUAGAACGGCGGCUUGCGACAGGUGAUUUCAAGGGCACUUUGGAAAUAUGGGAUCUUGAAAAAAGUUGUCAAGUGUAUAUUACUAAAGAACAUGAAGAUAUUAUUAACUCUAUAGAUGGUAUGGGAGGAAAUGCUAUGAACUGUGGAGCACCUGAAUUAGUUACCGGCAGUAGAGAUGGCACUGUUAAGGUUUGGGAUCCUCGUCAAAGAGGAAAGCCAGUAGCAAAUAUACAUCCUGCUCAAGGUGAAACUAAGAGAGAUUGUUGGACUGUAGCAUUUGGCAAUUCUUUUAAUGACGCAGAAAGAAUUGUGGUAGCAGGCUAUGAUAAUGGAGACCUUAAAAUGUUUGAUUUGCGUACUAUGUCAUUGAGAUGGGAAUGUAAUUUGAAAAAUGGGGUGUGCUCUGCUGAAUUUGAUCGGAAAGAUAUACCAAUGAACAAAUUAGUUGCCACCACAUUGGAGGGCAAAUUUCAUGUUUUUGACUUGAGGACUCAAAAUCCCACAAAAGGAUUUGCUCAGGUUUUGGACAAUUCGUCAAAAAGUGGUACUAUUUGGGUUGCGCGCCACAUUCCACAAAAUCGUGAUUUAUUUAUGAGUUGCGCUGGCACUGGACAGGUCUCAUUAUGGAAAUAUGAAUACCCAGAACAAAGGUACCAUGUAGAUGCUCAAGGAGUAGCCGUGGGUGUAGCAGGGAAAUUGAAGAGAUUACAGCGGAUGGUGAUCAGCUCUCAACCGAUCAACGCAUUAGACUGGAACAGAGACCAUCAGGGUCUGGCCGUAGCGACCGCAUACGACCAGUAUGUUAGAGUUAUUGUUACUACUAAACUUAAUUUACAG